AUGGGGUUUUUAAGUAAAAGAAAUGUUAUUUUAUUAUUAAUUUUGACUAUUUAUUUAAUUUCUUUAUUUUUAAUUUAUUUACAAUUUCCCGAAUUAAAAAGAGAAGAAAGAGAACAUUUUCGUUAUCCACGUAAUUUGGAAGAUGCAAAAAGUUUGGGAAGAAUUUUACUUCGAUAUAAAGAAAGGCAUUUUUUGGUUGUUUUGGCUGGGGUUUCUGCUGUUUAUUUAAUGCUUCAAUCUUUUGCUAUUCCCGGCUCAAUUUUUCUUACAAUUUUGUCUGGAUAUUUAUUUUCGUUCCCCGUUGCUUUAGCUUUAGUUUGUUUGUGUUCAGCAGCUGGAGCGACUGUUUGUUAUUUUAUUUCUUAUAUGUUUGGAAAACGUUUAAUUGUAUAUUAUUUUCCUGCACGUCUUGCUUUAUGGCAAAUUGAGGUUCAAAAACAGGGAGAUCAUUUAUUAAAUUAUAUUAUUUUUUUGAGGAUAACACCUAUUUUGCCUAAUUGGUUUAUAAAUUUGGCUAGUCCUAUUGUUGAUGUUCCUUUAGUUCCUUUCUUCUUUGGCACAUUAUUAGGUGUAGCCCCUCCAAGUUUUUUGUUUAUCCAAGCGGGUACAACACUUCAAAUGAUGACAAAUGCAAAUGUUGUUUGGUCAUGGAAUUCAAUUUUGUUGCUUUCCUUUUUUGCAAUUCUUUCACUUGCUCCCGUCUUGUAUAAAAGGCAAAUGUUGAUACGUUCAAAGGAAGAAGAAAAAAAUAAAUUGAUAAAAUCCGAGUGA